AUGCUGCUACGCCGCGUCGUAACUCCGCUCCGGCAGCGUUUCCAGCGCUGCAAAUUCUCCGACAGCUCUACCUGUGUCUUAGCUACAUCUCUACGUGAUAUCGCGCGCUCGGGUGCCCGCGUCGAGGAGCUGGAGCUGUCCAAGUCGGGCGACUUGAUCUGCCGCCAGCUCAUGUGCGAGCACGUGGGCGACGCCUGCGCCUGCCGCCUAGCGCUGGCGCUGGAGCGCGUGCCGCGACUGCGGCGUCUCGAUCUGUCGGCCAACCAGCUGCGCGCGCUGCCCGACGCCGUCUUCUCGCUGCAAAACCUCGCGACGCUCGACCUGCAGCAGAACCGGCUCACAACUCUCCCGCCCGAGGUGCAGCAGCUCGCGCAGCUCGAGGCGCUGGACGUGAGCCACAACCAACUCAAGACGCUGCCGGUGCAGCAAUUGGAGACGCUGAGCAAGCUCAAGACACUGCGCGUGGCGGGGAACGCCGAGCUGAUUGGAUCGCUCGAGACGCUGGACAUGUCGGAGCAACUGCGAGCCAAGCUCGUGCUCGAGUAG